AUGGACUUGGUGUUUUCAGAUUUGUAUGGCAGAGAACAUGGCUCUAACAAGCAGGUGGCCUCCAAGUCCUGUGCCCUGUCUCUAGUAAGACAGAUGUACCAUCUGAAGGUGAUAGAGCCCUACACAGGACAGACCAAGAAGAAGGAGGGGGACCAGAUUCCACCCUACAAUGUGGCAAUUUCCCCUGAAGUUGAACAACAGCUCACAUCUUUGUUAGAGGCAUUGCAGAUCCAGGUUGUUUCUGAGCCCCAGGAUCCCGCCCAGCCUGUCAGCCUGAUUGUGAACCAGAAACUAGAGGAAUUUGAAGACUCCAGGAAGAGUAUGGAGGGCAUAGUGUCCUGGUCUCCCCCUCAGCAGAACUGGAACCCAUGGACAGCAUGUAAUAUAGACGAGGGUCCACUGGCCUUUGCCACAAUGGAGCAAAUAGGAUCUGAUUUACUGAGUGGUAUGGAGCAGCAGAGGAAAAUGGAUCAAGGUCUCCAGGAGAUGAUGAGAGAGAGAGGAGAACUACCUGUCCAUUCAUACAAGGAGGAAAUAUUAAGAACAAUUCAUCAUAGUCCUGUGACUUUAAUAAGAGGAGCCACUGGAUGUGGUAAGACCACCCAGGCAUAUCCUGGUCUGAUCCUGAGGCUAGGGCCCUGUGCAGAACUGUCAAUCAAAAUAGCAGCACAGUUACAAGUCAGUGCAUUUUCACAGGAGUAG